UUAGUUACUUGCUUUUUUAUCCUAUGUUCAAUAAAUGACCAUCUAGUUGAGCAACAUGGAGGUCAUCAGCAUUUUGAAGAAAAUAAAAGAAAACCAUCUUUACGUCAAUUUAUUCUAAGAAAGAUGUAACAAUUUUUCUUCUCUCCAUUGAAGCAAACGAUCCUGGAAGAUGAUGUUUCUCUUUUUCCCUCUCUUCACUCUCCCAGUUUUCUCAAUCAACAUCAAACUUGAAAAGGAUCAUUAUGUGGUUAUUCAACAAUAUAUCAAGCUUCAGUGGGAAAUUUAUUCCACCAUUAUCAAAGUUGCAGUUGCUAAUUAACGGACAAUCAUACCAGGAUAAUCAUUGUAACUGAGUACCGAUCACUUGAAUUCAGACUAUCUCAAGCAAUUGGUGUCAUCUUGAACCAUAUUUUGUUGUGACGGUUUUGUAAAGUUAGGAUUGAAAUAAUCUAGAGACACAAUCAUGACAAUAAAUCAAAGGAUAUAGCUUAAUUCAGCUACAACUACAAUUAAAUUACUCAAAUACACUCUUGGCUUACUUAUCAACUUGAGAUUUGAUCAAAUCAAUGUAAUGAACUUUAGAGCUACAAGUCAAUAUGAACAGUUACUCGGAACAAAUCGAUGAUUCUUGAGUCUAAAGGUUUUCGUGUUACUUUCAUUUUGAAGAUUCAAGAAUAUUUUCUCGCUUUCUGUCAGUGGUUUGAUGUUUUGUCUCUCAAAUGUUCAUCAUUACUGGUUGAAUGAUCUCUCUGUCUUGUAUCCAAUUACUAAAAAUCUCAAAUAACAUAACAUCUAUUGAAAUAAGUAUCUAAUUGAUUAGAUAUGAUUGAGAUGGAUCCAAUGACAAAGAAAAUCUUGCCAGAAGAAUUGUUAAAGAUUAUUAUUGGCAAGUCCCUUUGAGCGACAAUUUUCACCAUCAAAUCAAUUCUCAUUGAGAGUUUCAAACGAUUGAAUGACUCUUCAGAGCUGGUGCAACUCACGAACUAAUCCAAUUUCAAUUGAUUAAUUUACAUCUCAAACUUUUAAUUCAGUUUUCUUGAACCUAAACCACAAUGGAAGCUAAUUCAUCAACAAUCAAGCUUAUAACUACAAGUGUAACGAUCGGUUUUAUUGGUGCUUCAAUUGCUUACAUCUUAUGGAAAGUUCGUAAUCGCAAUAAAAUUAAACCCUUCAUUGAUGUUGGUAAAGUGAAAAAGAUUUUCAUUUAUCCAAUUAAAUCUCUUAAACCAAUUGAAUGUGAUCAAGUUGAUGUUGAUGACCAAGUAGUCUCUAAAGGCCAAUUAAAAGACAGAUCAUUUGUACUGAUCGAUGAGAAUAAUAAAUUCAUCACUCAAAGACAAGAGCCAACAUUAGUCCUGCUGGAUGUUGAGCUGAUCGAUGAUAGAGCAAUCAAGAUAACAUCACCAAGCAAAGAGUCAAUUGAAAUCCUAUUGUCACUGGACCUAAAUGAAAAAACUGAGCUGGAGAUCAUUCAAACAAGAGUCUGGGAAGACGACGUUAAUGGAAUCGAUUGUGGGACAGAAGCUUCUCAAUUCUUCUCAAAUUAUCUCAAUAAACCAAACAUUCGAUUGCUGCGAUUUGUCAAAGGCUUAAUUGACCAUCGACCAUCCCAAGUCUAUCGUAAUGGUGCCAUCAGCAAAGAUUCAAACAUAAAGAUUAUGUAUCAGGAUAGUGCACCAGUUUUAAUUAUAAAUGACAAAUCAAUCGAUACGCUGAAUGAUCUGUUAACUGACGGCCAAGUCAGUCAUUCAAAUUUUCGUCCAAACAUCUUGAUUGAAGCUGAAGCUUUCGAUGAGGAUAAUUGGGAAAGACUAGUGAUUGGGGAAACUCAAUGGCAACAGUUGAAAAAAUGUACACGAUGUCGGAUGACAACAGUUAACGUUGAAACCGGAGUCUUUAUGAAAGAACCAAUGAUUACUUUGCGAAAAUAUCGUAAGCCAACUGGACCUGAUUCUGGUUAUCAUUCACCUUUAAUGGGAGUCUUCUUUAAACCUGAAACUAGAGGAAUUAUUAAAGUUGGCGAUUCAAUUGCAGCUUCCCAUAAAUCUUGAAUCAUCUUGCAAUCUACUUUUUAUACCUUCUGCAUUUAAUUAUCGUGGUUUAUGGAGAAAUUAAAAUUGCCAAAAGAUAAAAUUGAUAUCAUCUUAUAAUCACAUGAUCUACUUUGAUAGUAAACCUCUUGAAACCUUUAAUUGAAAGAUGUCAUUUCCUAACUUGCUUUUUGUUAGACAAGUGUUUUAUUUUUGUAUAUUAUUUGU